AUGACGUGCAAAAGACGAAACCACGGACGUAGUAAAAAGGGCCGCGGACACGUUAAGUUCAUCCGAUGCACAAACUGCGGUCGAUGCACGCCCAAAGACAAAGCGAUCAAAAAGUACGUUGUCCGCAAUAUUGUCGAAGCGGCCGCUGUGCGCGACAUCAGCGACGCCAGUGUUUACGAAAUUGUCAGGAAUCGAUCUAGAGAGGCUCGCAAAGACCGAACACCACCUCCUCGAUUUCCACAGAAGGUCACGCCGCCGAUGCUGCGUCCUGGAGUUCCGGGAGUCCCUGGACGUCCGCCAAUAUAA